GCGGGAGGCGGCCCUCGCGGCCGACGUCACUUCCGCCUUCCGGGAGGGCCGGCGGCGGUACGGCGGCCGCGGGGGGGGCAGGGGGCCGGCGGCCGGCGGUGUGUGGCGGUCGGGGAAGCAACCGGAGGCGGCGGCGGGAGCGAUGGAGAUGCAGUCGUACUACACCAAGCUUUUGGGAGAGCUCAAUGAGCAGCGGAAGAGGGACUUCUUCUGUGACUGCAGUAUCAUCGUGGAGGGGAGGAUCUUCAAAGCACACAAAAACAUUUUAUUUGCAAACAGUGGCUAUUUCAGAGCCUUGCUGAUUCACUACAUCCAGGACAGCGGACGACACAGCACCGCUUCUUUGGACAUUGUAACGUCCGAGGCCUUCUCCAUCAUCCUAGAUUUCCUUUAUUCAGGGAAGCUAGAUCUCUGUGGGGAAAAUGUUAUUGAGGUCAUGUCUGCAGCUAGCUAUUUGCAGAUGACUGAUGUGGUCAACUUCUGCAAAACGUAUAUAAGGUCGUCAUUAGAUAUUUGCAGGAAAAUAGAGAGAGAAGCUGCUUUCUAUCAGGCUGAUAGCGGGAGUGCUAGUUCUGCGAGAGAGGGCACCUCUUACGGUUCAAAGAGCCAGUGCUCUGCCUCUGUCUCUUCCCUGCAGGAGAAGGAAAGGAUUUCAGAUUGUCAGCGAGAUCCUCCCUGUGGUGAAUGCAGCAGCUGCCAUCCCUUGGAGCUCGUGGUGAGAGACCCCGUGAGCAGCGACUCUCCAGAUGACGUUAAUUCCUCGCUGCCCAAGGGGGUAGAACCCAAAGUAGAGUUUGACCCCGAUGGAGUAGAGGUAGAAGUGGGGGAACGGCUGCAGCAGUACCCGACUCCGUUGUCCCUUGAGCAGAUGGAAGAGGGGCUGCACGGUGGGCAGGCGAUGGACCUGGCCUGCAAUAACUAUCACAUGAAACAGUUCCUAGAGGCCCUGCUGCGCAACAGCACAGCUCAGAGAAAGGACGAUGUGGUUCACCACUUUGUUCGGGGCUUUGAGGGUAGGCCAGAGGAUGCAGGGGUAGCCAUGAGUUCCAUGAUGGACAUUCACAGCGACUGGUAUGGUGAGGAUACAGGUGAUGUGUUAGUUGUGCCAAUCAAGCUUCACAAAUGUCCAUUCUGUCCCUACACGGCUAAACAGAAAGGAAUACUAAAACGGCACAUUCGCUCUCACACAGGUGAGAGGCCCUACCCCUGUGAGACAUGUGGGAAACGUUUCACUCGGCAAGAACACCUUCGGAGUCAUGCUUUAAGUGUGCAUCGAUCAAACAAGCCAAUUAUCUGCAAAGGUUGCAGAAGAACGUUCACGAGUAGCAUGUCUCAAGGAUUACGACGCUUUGGCCUGUGUGACAGCUGCACGUGUGUGACCACUACACAUGAGGACUCAAUGCCCAUUAACCUCAGCCUAAUGGAACCUUCCUCAGAAGGCCAAGAGAAGGGUGAUACAGAUAAUGAUUGGCCCAUAUAUGUGGAGUCUGGAGAGGAAAAUGAUCCAGCUGAUGAUGAUGAUGCUGAUGGUGAUGAUAAGCAGGAAAUCCACAGGAGCUUAUCAGACCGAGAAACACUUAUGUAGCAGUGAGACGAGAGUGGGAGGAUUUAAAGCGACUCUGACAGUGGUCAGUCUGCAAUGGAAAAAUGGGUAUUUGUCCAGUUAGUGAGACUGUACUGCUUUUUAUCAUUCAAUUUUUUAAAGAACAGUGGGGAGAAUUGGAAUUUUUAAUACUUUCAAGUUUUCAGUGCUGUGCACCAGAAUUCUCUGGAGAAUCUUCUGUCUAGGGUUCACAGAGGUUGUACUUGAACAAUCUCCCGUUGUGUCUCUGCAUCCCAGCUUUAAGAGACAGCACAUUUUGCAAAUGGAACAUCUCUGUUAUUUUGAUAGCAGGUUUCUUCCAGUACUGUUGUCAUGGCCCUUAAUCCCUGAUCUCAAGCAGUCACGGCGUUCUCUCUGAAGAGAGAUGUAGAUUAAAAGAAAUGUAGUUUUCAUCCAUUACCUUGGACUUUUCCAAACUAAGUUGUGAUCCUUCUCUGUUAGGAUGGUAUUAUCUAAACCGUAAACCUUAGCUGUUUGUUUAGACAGGAUUUGACCUGGUAGACCAACCAGGCUAACAAAAAUAUGCUGCAGAUGAAAGUAUAGACAGUAAGAAUAAAUAUAUUUCACAUAUCUUCAGUCGUAGGUACUUAGAGAGCAAGCUUCUUUUUUGAAUUGUUUUCCCUGCAUCUGCCUCUCUUGAGAUUGGACUACAGAUCUUCAGAUGUGUCUUUAAAGACAUUCAGACAACACUAGAUCUGGCUUAAGAAACACUAAGCACACUUAAGAUGUUAUAACAUUAUGGUGUCUAAUGCUCUGGUCACUCAGUUGAGAAUAAGUGAACUGCCCAAUUCUCUUCACUUUUUUACAGUGGAAGUUAAAUCUGUUAAUCAGGUUACUUAGGAAUUCUAAUACUUAAAUAUCCAGAUUCACAGCUGAUGUAGCUGAGGAGCAGUUAAAUAUAAGUAUCUGAGCUAUGCAUUAUGAACCAGCUCUGUAUACCUUUUGGAAGCAAUUGGGUGGGAAAUUUCAGAAAUUUGUACUAGCUUCUUUGUAUGCACAUCCUUUUCUUUUUCUCUUACUGUAUUUUAUUUUAGUCUUUGGCAAUCCUCCUCAUGGUUUACAUUGUUGUGCAAAUUUAUCCAAGUACUGUUUUGCUGAAACUCCACUGUGGACCUCCUGUUUCGCUGCUGAGAUAGAUAAAGGUUGGCUUUCAAAGGAGGUGAGGUCAUGUUACCUUUCAGUUACCAAAUUGAUAUAAACUAUGAAAAUCAAGCUGGGAAGCUUUAGAAGAAAACGAACCACCAACAGAAAGCCUAUUUGUUCAUGCGUAACCUUCUGUUUCCUAAUGAAGAGACAAUAUUGAAAGAUUCUGUGAAGUAAGACUGUAUAGAGUUAAUACUUCUUUGUUAUAAGUGUUUAAUGAAAAGGCAGAUUGUAUAUGAGUCUUUCUAGCUGGAGUUAAGUGCUAGAUCAGAGGGAGCCAGACAUGGCUGGCAAAGAUUAAGUUCCUCUGACUUAAUAAGACAGUAUUUCUUGAAGUUUUAAAGAAAUACUUCACAGUGGGGAAACAUACCAUGAAACCUGGGGGAAAAAGUCCUCUGAUUUAACCAGUUAUUUUUGUAUAUCUUGUGCUUUUAUUUCACAUAUUGAAUGAGAACAGUUCAGUUUCUCUAUCUGCUUCAUUCUGCAGUGAAGCAAUAAUCCUGUUGCAAUGUCACAAUUUAUUUGUACAGAAGUGAUUCUGAUAUCACAAAGCAGUUAAGAAUUCAUUGCCAGAUCAAGCAGGGUGAGGAAAGAAGAAAUAAGCUUAUUUUUAAACAAGUUGCUUUUUUGCUACUUAAUGAUUCAUAAAAACAGCAGAAGGUAAAUAGACUUGUUUUGAAAUCUCUCUCUAGAUCUGCGUUCUUGGUAAGUGCCACCUUCUCAGGAAGAUACUGGCAUCACUUCCUGAGUUUAUUUUCUGAGACUUAAACUGAGCAAGCAACAUAUCACUUUUAAGAUCUGCUAUUUAUAGCUGCAUUCUGAGUUUUAAAACUUUCACUCUAUUCCACCCUAUUCCAGAUCAUUUAUAAAUUGGGAGUUUGUAAUAGCUGAACAGUAUCAUAGUGACACGAGAAUAGAAAAAAAGCAUUGAGGCAAAGUUUUCAAAAAAAUUCAGGACUCUAUAGUCCCGGUCUUAGUCAUCUAAAUAAAAACCUUUGAAAAAACAGUUCAUGUAGGUGCCAGAUUUGGAGCAGGGCUCUUUUGAAAAUCCUACUGUAAUUCUGAGUGCCAAACACUUUUGAAUAUCUACACAAAAAGUAGGCUUCUAAAUCACGUAGGCACGUUUGAAAAUCCCCCCUGUAGCUCACUGGGACUACUCUUUUGGACUACUCUGUUUUCGUUGAGCCCAACUUCAGAGGGUAUUUUUUUGGUAUUUGAUUAUCUGAUAAAGGAAGGACUUCUGUGUGUGAGAACACCUGAAAGGGAGUCAUGAUAUCUGUGAUUGCUGGGAGACUAACUGGCAUAAUGAAAGUGGGGUAGGAAUGUAAAUAGGGAUCCGAAAUGGUAUUUAGUGACUAGGCAUCCCAAUCUCUGGUCGUUCUAACAGGAGAAUGCCAUCUCAUUGUAAAUAUUGUAGAGGCCACUAGACAUGGAGUAUCCGCUGGGCAUGGUGCUGGCUAGUGUGCUACAAUUAAACUGUCAGAUGAUUUAGCUUACCACACUGUUGAACUGUGCUGAGGUGCAGACUAGCUAACUCUGAAAUUUUGAGGACAUUCAGAGAAGGGAAAAUUAAACUCUUAUGAAAGUCUGUAUGUAAUAGAGUUAAGAGCUGCAGAAAAGACUGCAGAGAUCUUCAGCAAUUUUACUUCAACCUGCUUUGUUUGGUAUUAGAGAUUAUUGUUGUGUGUCUUGUGCGUAGAAAAUGCAGCUGUGUUAACUUUUGUGUAACACGGGGUAAGGGGUGGGUGGGGGAGGCAUUACAUUCACAUUUCAGAUUGAAAGUGACCACCAAAACUGAUGUUUCCUGUUGAUCUGUCAUAUCGUGCUACUUUGUUUUUAAUGGAGUCCUUUAGCCUUUGUAUUUAGUAGAAGAGGGUGUAAUUUACCCACUUCCUUGUGACCAUGUUCAUGUAAAUCUGUUUGCUGUGCUUUCCACCUAGUUUUUUGGUGUUUUUCCUGAAAUCUUCCAUUGUAAAUCCAGCCUCUACAAGCUUUGAGAAAAGGAUGUGGCUGUUUUAAAAGGUUCUUAUGGUGCUUAAUGAAGAAUCAAAAAUAAUGUUUUUGGAAAAGUUAUUUCUAAUAUAAUCUCUUUCUCAAAGUUUUUAAAAGGCCAUGCAGGCGCAUAUCUUAAAGUCUUAGCUCUAUGUAACCCACUUUGUUUAGGAAUAUACAUUUUAAUGUACUUUUGCACAUAACUGCAAUGUAUUUCACUAAAGGAAUACAUGCUGCACUGGUAUUAAUAGUGCAUUUUACCUCUUGGUGCAAGACCUUGUAAAUCUUCCAAAUGUGGUCAUUUAAUUUUCUGAUGUUUUGUAAGGCAGUUUCAUAACUGGAGUCCUUUAGUCUAGUUUAAAUGAUGAAUUCUUAUAAACCGAAACCUUAUUUGUGGAAGUAACUUAGCUAUAAUAGUGGAUCUUGGAGCACUUUGGAGGUUUUUGAUUGCCUAGAAAAUAAAAUAGUCUGGGAGGGUAGCUUUUUUUUCUUUCUUUCUUUCUUUCUUUUUUUUUUUUUUAACAUUCACAAAGUUGACUAAGAUAUAGAUUAAGUCUUGCAUUUAAAUUUUGGGGAAUUAAAAAUGAAUAUAUCCAUUGUUAGCACAAGAUACCAUGCAAGCAAAAAUCACAUUCAUGUUAGGAAAAGAUUAAAAGGAUGCUGUCAACUUAAAAUCUAGCCAGCUGUUUUUUUGGUUUUUCUUAUAAAUUCUUUUAUAUUAUUAACACUAACUUUGUUUCCCUACCAGUUUUUGUAGUUUUGUAAUCAUCUUAACUUUUUAAACUCUUUUUUUAAAGCUUUCCCUUUUUUAUGCCAUGGGAAAAUAUGCACGCAACUGGGAAGCAGUCACUGAUGUUGGCCGGAAGAAAAUGUUCUCAAAUGCCUACAAUAAAAUGCCUGGAAAAAGGGGGGAAAAAAUCCUAGAUUGCUCUGCAAUGACAGUGGAUAUUUCACAAUCAAACUUUUUUAAAACCUACUUUUACAGAAUAUAUUUAAAACCUAUAUUUAUCUGUUGAUUUAGACUAUCUUGAGUCAAUGGAAAAUAUAAUAAAACCUACUUUCUUUUCACUGUUUUCAUUUAAACAGUGAAAUCUGUUCAUUUUUAUUUUAUUUGGGAUCUUUAUGUUAAUAUUUUUGUGUUUCAGAAGUGCCUGGGAAGUAUUCCUGUUUCAAAACCUGUUUUUUGAAUUUUUUAAAUCAUUAAAACCUUUCCAUUAGAAUUAAAGGUUAUGUUUAUAAAACUGAAUUUUUUUUGAAUCCAACUUAUGUUGACAGUGCUUUCUGCCCUUUAAUGUGCACACACAAAUUGUAUUUAUUCUGUUAAAGCCUAUUAAUAUUAUGCCAACCAAAUAAUUGAAGACAGUCUUUUUUUCUCUGUUGUUGAAUUGUUUAAAAUUCAAAUUUUCUAUAUGUCUGGAAAUAGUUUUAACAUGUAUUAGAAUCUAAAGGGCAUUAGUUGUUAAAACCUUUCCAAUGGCUCCUUUAGGCAUGCACAUGUUUUAGUAAAACAGAAUCCUGACGAUAA